AUGGCGUCCGAGACAGGUCUCAAGGCUGAGACUGAGACUGAGACAGAGGUGGACGCGGUGGUCAUGGGUCCUAGAGAGACAAUCGCCGUCGGGCAACGUGUCAGCGAGGAAGGUCUCCAAAAGGAUGGUUCUGUGUCAGGAAACCAGAAUCUAAGCGUCGAGUCUGACGUCGACAUCGACGCUGGCGCCACUGCCACAGCCAAGACAACCACAACCACUCCGGCCACCACCACUGCCGCCACCGCCGCCGCGACCGACCAAGAGAAACGCGAUCUCAUCGGGCACUACGCGGACCUCUUCUUCCACCACUUCCGCCGGCACCGCGACCCUUUGGAGCGAAUGGACGUCGUCAAUCACGAGAUCUGGGGGCGCGCGAAGCUGGACCGGCGGUACCUGAGCAUCUGCGCCCUGCACGCCGAGUACUUCCUCAUGAUGUCGCAGUACCUGCGGCACACGCCGGACGUGCUGGAGAGCGCGUGCCGCGAGCUGUCCAAGUUCCUCGACGUCCAGCAGUACUGGUGGCCGCUGUGCGUGAACCUACCGACAUCAUCGCAGGCCAGGAGGCUCGCGCUGGUCGAUGCCGUGUUUGAGCGCGUCCGGGAUCCAAAUUUCGACGUCGCUGCGUUUCAGGCCGAGUAUGCCGCGUCGCACUCGGAGGACUUUGACGAGGGCGUCGUCGAUAUCCUCCACGCGUGGCUCAAUGUCGCCGCGGCGGCGGGGGGUGAGGCGAGGAAUAUCCACUGA